GCGUGCAUGACAUCAGAGUUGGAUGUUAGAUGAAAUACAAGUCAGUACAGUGCGUGAUUACGUUUGAGCAAGAAGCAUGUCGCGGUGUGUUAAUAUCGCCGUACUGGCGUUAAUCGUGACUUGGUUGAACUACGGUGAUGGAGCAAGAAUCUUGGGCAUUUUUCCGACCCCCUCAAUAAGUCAUCAAGUCGUAUUCCGGACGCUGACUUUGGAGCUCAAUAAACGAGGUCAUGAACUAGUAAUUGUGACGACAGACCCGGUCAAUGAUAAAAGCAUAAAAAACUACAAAGAAAUUGAUAUCAGUUAUUUAUAUGAGCAUAUGAGAGCUGACGUUGGAAACAUUAUAAGCCAUCGCGGUCACAUGAAUUGGUACAUGCAGCUGAGAUUUUAUGAGCCAAUGAUGUGGACACAAAUGGUUCGGGUAUUCAAUCAUCCGGAGUUUAAGGACGUGUACGAACCCAACAGUGGGGAAAAGUUCGAUCUCAUACUGAUGGAAAUUUUCUUCACACCUGGCUUCAUGGCUCUGGCUGAACGAUUUGACGCUCCGAUAAUUGGUAUUGCAAGUGCGAGUCUGCAGCUGAAUGUGCAAUACGGGAUCGGCAAUCCUAUUCUACCUUCUCAUCCAUCGAUUUGGGAAAUGGAGAUCAAAUCACGGGAUUCAUGGAUACCGUGGGAACGGUUGGAAAACUUCUACCAGAGUUGGAGACUUAUUUAUCAUUAUAGGACUGUCUCUCUACCGAAACAAAAAGAGAUCGCGGAAAAAUAUCUUGGAAUCAAAGUUUCGGAUCUUCACGAUUUAGAGAAAAACAUCAGUUUGAUAUUCGUCAAUCAGCAAGGGCCGAUUUCUUUCGUCAGACCAAAUGUUCCGAACGUUAUUGAAAUCGGUGGAUUUCAUGUGUCUGAUAAAAUCAAGCCUCUGCCCAAGAAUCUUCAGAAGACUCUGGACGAAGCUACCCAGGGUUUCAUUUACAUGAGUCUCGGAUCAAACGUCAAGAGCAACAUGUUGUCGGAGAAAGCACGAAACGCUUUUAUAACCGCGUUUUCGAAGCUUCCUCACAAGGUGAUAUGGAAGUUUGAGGACGACCAGCUCGAAGGCAAACCGGACAACGUGAUUAUCCUCAAGUGGGCGCCACAACAGGCAAUUCUGGCUCAUCCCAACAUCAAGCUCUUCAUCUACCAAGGCGGACUCCAGAGUACGGAAGAAGCCGUAUCGCACGGCGUGCCUCUGAUUGGAAUACCCGUGAUGGGUGACCAAGAUACGAACGUCAAUAAAAUGGUGUCUCUGGGUGUCGCCCAGAAACUGGACAUCUUCGAUAUAAAUGUGGAUAACCUACUCGAAGCAAUACGCACCGUCACACUUGACAAUAAUUACAAACAGAGGAUGCUAAAUUUGGGUUCACUGCUGAAAGAUAAGCCGCAAAAUUCACUUCAGAACGCGAUUUGGUGGACGGAGCACGUGAUACGUCACAGGGGAGCUCUGCACCUGCAUUCGGCAACCGCUGAGGAGCCGUGGUACCAACGUCAGGAUAUGGACAUAAUCGCGUUUCUCUCCGCUGCGUUCGUUUUCACUUUGUUACUGACUAAUCUCAUCUUUUACAAGUGUGCAAUUUACAGUAUUAGAGCGUUCGGUUUUCGCUCGGUUGAUAAAAAGAAGAAACGAACAAGAGGCAUGUCGCGGUGUGUUAAUAUCGCCGUACUGGCGUUAAUCGUGACUUGGUUGAACUACGGUGAUGGAGCAAGAAUCUUGGGCAUUUUUCCGACCCCCUCAAUAAGUCAUCAAGUCGUAUUCCGGACGCUGUGUUUAGAGCUCAAUAAACGAGGUCAUGAACUAGUAAUUGUGACGACAGACCCGGUCAAUGAUAAAAGCAUAAAAAACUACAAAGAAAUUGAUAUCAGUUAUUUAUAUGAGCAAAUGAGAGCUGACGUUGGAAACAUUAUAAGCCAUCGCGGUCACAUGAAUUGGUACAUGCAGCUGAGAUUUUAUGAGCCAAUGAUGUGGACACAAAUGGUUCGGGUAUUCAAUCAUCCGGAGUUUAAGGACGUGUACGAACCCAACAGUGGGGAAAAGUUCGAUCUCAUACUGAUGGAAAUUUUCUUCACACCUGGCUUCAUGGCUCUGGCUGAACGAUUUGACGCUCCGAUAAUUGGUAUUGCAAGUGCGAGUCUGCAGCUGACAGUGCAAUACGGAAUAGGUAAUCCUAUUCUACCUUCUCAUCCAUCGACAUGGGAAAUGGAUGUCAAAUUGCGAGAUUCAUGGAUACCGUGGCAACGGUUGGAAAACUUUUACCAGACCUGGAAAAACAUUUACCAUUAUAGGACUGUCUCUCUACCGAAACAAAAAGAGAUCGUGGAAGAAUAUCUUGGAAUCGAGGUUUCGGAUCUUCACGAUUUAGAGAAAAAUAUCAGUUUGAUAUUCGUCAAUCAGCAAGGGCCGAUUUCUUUCGUCAGACCAAAUGUUCCGAACGUUAUUGAAAUCGGUGGAUUUCAUGUGUCUGAUAAAAUCAAGCCUCUGCCCAAGGAUCUUCAGAAGACUCUGGACGAAGCUACUCAGGGUUUCAUUUACAUGAGUCUCGGAUCAAACGUCAAGAGCAGAAUGCUAUCGGAAAAAGAACGAAACGCUUUUAUAACCGCGUUUUCGAAGCUUCCUCACAAGGUGAUAUGGAAGUUUGAGGACGACCAACUCGAAGGCAAACCGGACAACGUGAUUAUCCUCAAGUGGGCGCCACAACAGGCAAUUCUGGCUCAUCCCAACAUCAAGCUCUUCAUCUACCAAGGCGGACUCCAGAGUACGGAAGAAGCCGUAUCGCACGGCGUGCCUCUGAUUGGAAUACCCGUGAUGGGUGACCAAGACAUGAACGUUAAUAAAAUGGUGUCUUUGGGUGUUGCCCAGAAACUGGACAUCUUCGAUAUAAAUGUGGAUGACCUACUCGAAGCAAUACGCACCGUCACACUUGACAAUAAUUACAAACAGAGGAUGCUAAAUUUGGGUUCACUGCUGAAAGAUAAGCCGCAAGAUUCACUUCAGAACGCGAUUUGGUGGACGGAGCACGUGAUACGUCACAGGGGAGCUCUGCACCUGCAUUCGGUAACCGCUGAGGAGCCGUGGUACCAACGUCAGGAUAUGGACAUAAUCGCGUUUCUCUCCGCCACGUUUGUUUGCACUUUGUUGCUGACCAAUCUCAUGGUUUACAAGUGUGCAAUUUACAGUAUUAGAACGUUCGGUUUUCUUUCGGUUGAUAAAAAGAAGAAACGAAUCAGUAGAGUGCGUGACUCCAUCUGCACAAGGACCAUGUCACGGUGGCUUACUAUCGUCGUAUUGGCGUUAAUUGGGGGUUGGUUAAACUGCGGUGAUGGAGCAAGAAUCUUGGGCAUUUUUCCUGCCCCUUCAAUAAGUCAUCAAGUUGUAUUCCGGACGCUGUGUUUAGAGCUGAAUAAACGAGGUCAUGAACUAGUAAUCGUGACGACAGACCCGGUCAAUGAUAAAAGCAUAAAAAACUACAAAGAAAUUGAUAUCAGUUUUUUAUAUGAGGAUAAAACAAACGACUUUGUAAAUAUCAUUAAUUUUCGCGGUCAUAUCAAUUGGAAUAUGCAGUUGAAAAUCUAUGAACCAUUUGUAUGGGCAGAAAUGGUUCGGAUAUUUAAUCAUCCGGAGUUUAAGAAAGUGUACGAACCCAACAGUGGAGAAAAGUUUGACCUCAUACUGAUGGAAAUUUUCUUUACACCUGGCUUCAUGGCUCUGGCUGAACGAUUUGACGCUCCGAUAAUUGGUAUUGCAAGUGCGAGUCUGCAGCUGACAGUGCAAUACGGAAUAGGUAAUCCUAUUCUACCUUCUCAUCCAUCGACAUGGGAAAUGGAUGUCAAAUUGCGAGAUUCAUGGAUACCGUGGCAACGGUUGGAAAACUUUUACCAGACCUGGAGAAACAUUUACCAUUAUAGGACUGUCUCUCUACCGAAACAAAAAGAGAUCGCGGAAGAAUAUCUUGGAAUCGAGGUUUCGGAUCUUCACGAUUUAGAGAAAAAUAUCAGUUUGAUAUUCGUCAAUCAGCAAGGGCCGAUUUCUUUCGUCAGACCAAAUGUUCCGAACGUUAUUGAAAUCGGUGGAUUUCAUGUGUCUGAUAAAAUCAAGCCUCUGCCCAAGGAUCUUCAGAAGACUCUGGACGAAGCUACUCAGGGUUUCAUUUACAUGAGUCUCGGAUCAAACGUCAAGAGCAGAAUGCUGUCGGAGAAAGAACGAAACGCUUUUAUAACCGCGUUUUCGAAGCUUCCUUACAAGGUGAUAUGGAAGUUUGAGGACGACCAGCUCGAAGGCAAACCGGACAACGUGAUCAUCCUCAAGUGGGCGCCACAACAGUCAAUUCUGGCUCAUCCCAACAUCAAGCUCUUCAUCUACCAAGGCGGACUCCAGAGUACGGAAGAAGCCGUAUCGCACGGCGUGCCUCUGAUUGGAAUACCCGUGAUGGGUGACCAAGACAUGAACGUUAAUAAAAUGGUGUCUCUGGGUGUUGCCCAGAAACUGGACAUCUUUGAUAUAAAUGUGGAUAACCUACUCGAAGCAAUACGCACCGUCACACUUGACAAUAAUUACAAACAGAGGAUGCUGAAUUUGGGUUCACUGCUGAAAGAUAAGCCGCAAAAUUCACUUCAGAACGCGAUUUGGUGGACAGAGCACGUGAUACGUCACAAAGGUGUUCCGCACCUACAUUCGGCAACUGCUGACAACCCGUGGUACCAACGUCAGGACAUGGACAUAAUCGCGUUUCUCACCGUAGUAUUUGUCUGUAUUUCGAUGUUGGCAAUCUUGAUUUUAUACAUGUGCGCGAUUCGUGUUAUCAGAACCGUGUUCAGUAAUAGCCCAAUUGAUAAGAAGAAAAAAAGAAGUUAACAUUUUCACGCACUAAACAAUCAAAUUAGACCAAAGUGUAAUCGUGCCGAUUGUUAUCAGACUUAAAUCAAUCUACUGAUAACCCACUAGUGUCACUUCUUCAAAAAUAAUCACCAAGUGUAUCUCAGCAC